UUUACAUUUUGACCCCUCUCAUCUUACUCUGUUCCUUUCGCCCUCCUUCAGCAGCCAGCCCCAAUCAUCAUGCAGGCUUCCUCCCUGCCAUCCCUAAAUUUCAGAGCUUUCUUCAAAGAGAGAGAGGUUACUAGUGAGGAUGAUGAUGGUGGCUAUUGAAAUCUGCAGAUAAGAGACUUUUCUUCUCUGCAAAGUCUCUCAUCUCUCUCUCUCCCACACCAGAGAGAUGGGCCCAUAUGGAAGAUUUUCCCAAAUGUGUUCUUCCUUUUUCUCUGUGGAGCUCAAGGCCAGCGCCAUUGUGGUUGUAAAAUUUUAAUAAAGCUUCCACUUUAACUUUAUCCUCUCUCUCUUCAUCUCCCACUUUUUCUCUUACCUUUAUUGCCUUCUCCCAUUUGAGAAUUUUCCCUUCAAAUUAAUGGGUCGGUCGGCUCUCCAUGGAGAGACACCCCAUCUGAGCCCUCUCUCUCUCUCUCUCUCUCUCUCUCAAAAGAUGCCCAACAAGCGAGAAAAUUAGUUUUCUUUUCUCUUUAUUUGAAUGUUCAGCAUUAAAGAUUUUUCAUGAACCAUUUUUUUUCCCUUUAGGUUUUUUUUUUUUUUGAUAAUCGUUUUUCCCUUUAGGUUGUUUAUCAACUCUAGCAACUGAAGGUAGAGUUUUUUUUUUCAAGGAUAAAGCUUUUGCAUUUUCCCCCAAUUUCAACCCUCGAUCCCGAGGCUUCAGAAACUUGGAAAAGUUGUCAGAACAACAAUGUGGCUGGAGAUUGGUAAAUAGAGUUAUAAGGUUGCCCUCUGUUCGAGGUUUACAAGCUUGAAGCAUGCUUCAGACAUUCAUUUGCUUUUAGCUUAACGAUUGAUAUCUUAUUUCACUCCUUGGCUUUAAAGAAAUAUCAAAUUUCUUUACUUUGCCCCUUGCCCGGUUUCAUCGGCGACCAAAGCUUGGCAGCUGGUUCAGGUCUCUUAUGGUGGAAGGAGAGCAACUUUGUGUCUUGGCAUCAAAAGAAAGUCUUGGAAUUAGCUUGUGAAUUACUUUUGACGCAACAUCUUUCAGAUUUCUAGAGGUUUGCUCUCUUUUUCUUUACCUUCCUUAGAAUCUUCUUAUCCAUAUAUGUUUCAUACAUACACACAUAUAUAUAUAUAGAGAUAAAUUGCAGCUACAACUACUGUUCCUCCCCUUGGAAGUUUGGAAUCAAAGGUACUCCUUUCACGUUUUUUUAUUUUUGUAAUUUUCUCUGUGGUCCUUUUCAAAGGGAAAGUUGUCAGAUUUGUUCCACAAGCUCUGGCCCGUUUGCAAUGGCGUCUUUUGUGUAUGUCUAUGUGCACGGAGAUCCCAAGUUUGUGUUCUUUCUUGCCUUUGGUAACAAAUAUUGUCCUAAUCACCAUUGCCAAGAGAUUGAAAAUUAUUAGAUUGUAGAAGGUGUGUUUACCUUGGACUGGGUACUGGCGGGUUUACUUCUCAUGUUAGUUUCUUGUUCAAGAGUGCCACUUCUGUUUCUCGCAAAUAUUUUCCUAUUCUUGAGUCUUGCUUCUCAAUCUGAGCUCGAUCUUUACCAUUCUAGGUGAUGUUUCCUGAAUUCAUAGACAUAUUAUUCUUUGUUCUUCAGGGUUUUUUAAGUCUCCCAGAAAAAGGUGGAUAAAUUAGGAAAGCAGAUACCACAUUGACUGUCAUAAAAAACCAUGGCGAAGAAAACUCAAAGACGUGCUGCAAGGCAUGAAAGAGACCAGUUGGGCUGCAUGUGGGGAUUUAUCAGCAUGUUUAAUUUUCGGCAUGGACGAUAUGCACAUAAGCUGCUGGUAGACCGGAGGCAUGGAAGCAAACGUGUUACUGCUUCAGGAAAUCCUAGGAACCAUAAGCUUGACAAACCGGAAUGCCACAACGAGACUUCUCGAGAAACCCUUGUUGGUGAAGAAAGAAAUGUCACAAUAGCUGUCAUCAAGCCAAGUGUGAAGAAGCUGAUAGAACAAGAGUUGUUCAAUGAAAAAGAAACCAAGAAGGAGGUGGACAAUAGUGAAGAAGGACGGGUUUCAGACUCUGAACUUGAAGGCCGUAGAAGGAAGGACCAGAAGAGAAAAAUUAAGACCCGUGGGAAAAGCUGCGACAAUUUUGGCCACAUAAAUGUUAUUGACAAUGCUGAGCCUGAUGUUCAUCAUAGUAAUCAGAAGCAUCAUCGGUCUAUUAGAAGUCUUGACAUUGACAAUAUGAUCGAAGAGUUCUGUUGUGAGAUACAUCGCAGAAGUACAAGCCACGUGAAGAACAAGAAGCUAAACCAGAAUCCCGAAGACUAUAAAGAAAGACUGAGGGAACUGGUCAAGUUUUUAAUUAGUCAGAAGCUUUUACUUGGGAACGGUCUUAGAGAAGAUAGCAAAAUCCUUACAUCUAAAGAUUUGAUGGAAGUGUUUCAGAUUCUGGGUUCAGAUGAGGAAUUGCUUCUCAAGCUUUUGCAAGAUCCAGAUUUACUUGUGCCUAGAGAUGUUCAAGAUUUGCAAAACUGCCAAAGUGAGAAAGAAGAAGGAAAUCCAACUUUGUUUGAGAAAUCCAACGCAUCAGAACAAUCCAGUUUGUCAGCUAGUAAGAAACAGUUUAGCUUUUUCAGAGGGAAGAACAGACGAGAAAAAUUUGAUCUUAACAAAUGUGAAUCUUCAGACAGAAUCAUCAUUCUGAAGCCCGGACCAGCGAGCCUGUUAAAUCCAGAAAUGGGAAAUAGUCACACGUCAUCGCCUGAAUCCUAUCCGAUGAGAAACAAGGCUCAGAAUGAAAGGAUCAGUUCACAUUUCUUUCUCUCUGAGAUCAAGAGGAAGCUGAAACACACAAUCAGAAAGGAACAACAGGGAUCACCACGUGACGGGGAGGAGUUUCGGAAGAGUGUGCCAACUAAAGAUCACUUCUUUAUUGAACGGAUGACAAGGCCUUCAAUAACUGAGAAGAAAUCACCCAAAGGUCUACAAAAACAUGAGGAUGAUGACAAAAAGCAAAGGAUGUCUAACAUUUAUAUUGAGGCCAAGAAACAUCUCUCUGAGAUGUUGAACAAUGGAGAUUUUGAUCUGAACUCAACAAGCAAACAGGUUCAGAGAACCCUGGGAAGGAUACUCUCCCUUCCUGAGUACUCGUCUCCUCUUGGCAGCCCAGGAAGAAGACGCCCCCAAAGUUCUUCAACUGCACAUAGGAGAUCUGCUUCGGCAGAUUUCCCAAGUUUAGAGGGAAACAAGAGAGAAUCUCAUGAGAGCCCACCAGGUCAUGCCAUGGAAAAUGCUGAUCUCCAGCUGUGCCAUUUUAACAGCAAUCCUGAAAGUUGUAUUGGGUCUCUUCAACCAGCCCCAAGUGAACUUACUGAAGAAAGUGUUGUUAAAGAGGAUGGAAUUCAUAUCAAAGACAAAAUUUCUUCAGAUGAUGUAAUAUUUGUCAAAGAAAUAGAAAUAACUCCAGAGGAAGCCGAUACAAACUUAGGAGCUUUAUCCGACCAAAGUAACCCAUCCAUGGACAGGAGCAACCAGAUUGUUGAUGACACUUCCACGGUUGAAGAUCAUGAUGACCAGAGGGAAGGUGGAAACUCGAAACAGGCCUCCCUUGAAGAGAGCCAACGACCUGGAUCUUCCUCCGUGGACUCACCGUCUAGCUCUGUAGCUAAAAUCGAGGAACCCAAAUCAUGUACUCUUGAUUUGCCAGAGUGGUCAAGUCCCGUGUCGGUUCUUGACCCGAUGUUCGUCGAAGAUGAUAUAAGCCCAGCAAGAAUGCGGUCCCUCUCAGGUAAAGCACUAGUGCAACCUUUGUAUAUCCAAUUUGAAGAAAAUGAUUCACCGGCUGGAAAUCAAGAGAAUUGUGUGGAAACCGUUAAGGAUGACAAAGACCUGGUAUCUAAGUAUGUUGAAGCGGUUUUGGAUGCAGUAGACACAGAUUGGGAAGAGCUGUAUCUGAAAUCACAAUAUUCAGAUCAGCUUCUUGAACCGGUUUUGAUCAGCAAUGUGCCCUUCUGUCCAACCGAGCUUUGUUCUGACCAUGAGCUGCUAUUUGACUGCAUCAACGACGUUCUCUUGGAUUUCUGCAGUUGUCCCCCGUGGGUUUCGUUUUCUAAACCCAGAACCCAGGUCUUCUCUAGUGUCAAAAGCAUUGUUCAUGAGGUUCAAGAAGUGGUUUACUGGAACCUUCUACCAUUACCACUUCAUAGCGCAUUAGAUCAAAUAGUCAGAAAAGACAUGGCUAAAGCUGGAAACUGGUUAGAUAUCAGAGGUGGAAUUGACUGCAUUGGUGCUGAGACUGGUGAAUUGGUUCUCCAAGAGUUACUAGAAGAAUUCGUACUCGAUUGGUACUGUAUGGACACUGACGACUCCUCGGUUCCAGCUGAGUUAUAGGACGGUGAGAGCGUCGUUAGCGUGUAAAGAUGGUCAAGAAUCUACAUUUACCCAACUUGCCUCAGGUGAGGGAAGACAAGACAAGACAAGACAAGCUUCUCUUCUGCACAUAUCAUCACUGUCAUUGUUAACUUCACAAGCACAGAACCGGUGUAUAUACUUCAUAUUCUUCCCACACUGCAGUAUAAUAACUCCAGAGACCGAGAGAGGAAAUGGAAUCCUUGGAGGUCAGACCCAAUAAGUUAGUUGCUGUGAGUCACUACAAAAUCCACCUUCAAAGACAGAGCAAAUCUGUUUCUUUAGGACAUGUAAGAUUUCUCUGUCUCUUUGGUGUGUGUGAUAGAGAGAUGUUGUUCUUGGAUUUUGUUUUUUUUUUCAAUUCUUGAUUGGUUCUUUUGUUGUCGUCCUUCUCUGUCUUCAGCACUUGCUGUUAAGUAUAGGUUGUGUUCCCCGCUUUGACUUUUGUGGUUAAAACAGGCUACAUUACAUACUGUGGCGUAUGUGUUUGUGUUGCAUCAGUAUUCAAAAUGAUAUAACAAAGGGAUUCGCUUAUCAUA